UAAUCUGUGGUUCAUCUAUCAUCAGCUGCGUUUGCCUGGUUUUAUGUUUAGUUAGUUCUGAAUUUCUGAUUAUACCGUGUAAAAAUAUACUAAACCAAAAUGGAUUAUAACUAUGAGCAGACAAGUGAACUUGAAGCUUUGGAUUCAAUUUAUUGUGGUGAUAUGGAAGUUUUAGAGACGAAACCAUUUCAUAAGUUCAGUAUACCCAUCAAAUCAGAGGGUUUUGACGAUGGAGAAGGUUUGGCCUGUACAUUGACAUUUACGUACACUGCCAAAUACCCUGAAGAACUGCCGGUCAUUGAAGUAGACGACGAAGAAAAUUUCGAGGAUAUUAUUGACACAGACGAAUUUUUGGAGCAUUUACAAAAACAGGGUGAAGAAAAUCUAGGCAUGGUAAUGAUAUUCACAUUAGUGUCAGCAGGCCAGGAAUGGUUGAAUGAAAAGUAUGACACAUUAAAGAGAGAAAAGGAAGAGAGACUGCUUGCUAAGAUAAAAGCAGAUGAAGAAGCUGAACAGAAACGCUUUGAAGGCACAAGAGUGACAGUGGAAACAUUCCUAGUGUGGAGGAAACAGUUUGAACUGGACAUGGGCAUCGCAGCCAAGAGGGAAAGAGAUGCCAAAGAAAAGAGCAAACUGACGGGCAAAGAACUGUUCCUUAGAGACCAGACGCUUAACGAGUCUGACUUGAAGUUCCUGGAGGAUGGUGAUGCAGUGAAAGUUGAUGAGUCAUUGUUCCAAGAUCUCGACGACCUCGACAUAUCCGACGAGGAUGACGAGGACUACGUCCCCGGCCGCAGCAGCGACAGCGAAUAGCGAAAGGCAUUACGCUCGAACUAUGGGCGUAAGUGAGAGAAUCUUCUUUGAACUUUAAUUUUGUAGGAGUUCAAUUUGCUCACUUAAUUCGUUAGGGCUUGUUUAGGGACACGCGAGACAUUGCGCGGCGCGUAGCGCGAUGCAAUAAAAAAUAAGUAUCUCAUUAUGUGUGAGGGUUAAUACAC